GCGCGCGCCCCGCGGCGUGACCCAUUUCACUGAACAAAGGAUUUUGCUGGAAUCUUUCUGCGCUAGGACCUAAAAUGGCGCCGGCGCGCUCGCCCGUCCUCCCCCCCGCCUCUCGCGGAGAUCAUAGAGUUGGGGGCGGGCCGCGGCGGAUAGAGCGGCGUCACCGCGGUGCCUUCUCUACGCGGCCAUAGUCCGGCCUCGUUGGUGCGCGGCGCUGUCACAUCAUGGCGGGCGAGGGCGACUCUGAGCCGAGGAAGUCCUUUAAACUCCUAGGAUUUCUCGAUGUUCAAAGAGUCCCAUGUGCACGAGAAUCAGUGCUCUAUGGCUCUGUGGGAUCUUUAGUUGCUGGUCUUGGAUACUUUUUAGCAACUAGUAGAGUUAGAAGAUCUUGUGACUUUGCAGUCGGUGGCUUUAUUUGCACAAUGUUAGGAUACUGGUUUUACUGCAGGUACAAUCUGGCCCAGCACAGGAUCCGGCAGAGAAUGCUCAAAGAAGGAAUGAGAAACAAACUUUUAUUUGAAGGCAGUUCUCUUGAUCCAGAGACAAAACAAACCAGCAGUGAAAGAAGUGAUUCAUAGUCUGCUGUGGAGGAAUCUGUGGUCUAAUACAGCUUUGGGAGAAGGUGGUCCAAAAAUGGCAGUCUUCCCUGUAAAUGUGUGAGGUGCCCAACACAGACAAAUCAUGCUGGUUUUCCUAGCAAAUUUGAGCAAGAAAUUAAUAACAAAUCUGUUAACUUAGAAUACAAGCCUUUCUUUGUUUUAUACGUGUAUGUAUGCGUGUAUAUGACUAUGUACACAGUUAGGAAUGAGCUCCUGUUAAACGUCUGGGAAUUGAUGUGUUCUGUUAUAGGUUCUUGGAGGAUUAAUGGCAGUGUUCUGGGACUACUUUAACUUCCAUUAUAAAAAGAAUGGUUUGUUUUAGCAGAGUUGUAAUUACAUUUCAUUUAAAUAGAGGAAAGUAUUUUCAUCAGCUGUUGUCUGAGUAAAUGUAUCCUUCAGUGCUACUGUUAAUUGUGCUGCUUGUGAAACGGGAAUAUUUAAACAGUAAGUGAAGUCUUUGCUUGUGCAGGGUGGGGGGGUAUCAGUAGCCCUUGUAAGAGUGCAGCUGCAGAAUAUCUUCAGGUGAUUUAUAUACACUGUGAAGCUGAAGGAUUUCACUUUUUGUUCUGUGUGUGAAACCAAGAAUAAAAUUGCACUUCAGAAGAAGCCUAAGCUACGUAAGUAAGUGAUCUUUUUACUUGAUUAAAAAUCUUGGUUUUUUAAGACGCAUACUUAACAGUUGGUGGAAUAAUUUACAUUAUUUGUAAGCAGCAAUGGUUAGUAGUUUUUUUUAAAAAGGCCUGUUCUACUUGUAUAUUUUGCUGUACAUUUUCAGUUAAAUAUCAGAAUAUAAUUUCAAAGAAACCAUCUUAUUGGGAAUACAAUGUUGGAUGUAACUGCAGGAUGAGUGGUGGCAUAAUAUUCCUUGUGUGCUUCUGUUUACACCAGGGACACAAUAUGUUUUAAUUUUUUCCCUGAAAUUAUUUAUAGUGUAUUAUGCUGUAAGCACUUUUUGGUCUAAAGGUGUUCACGGAGUAAAAAUAGUCCCUUCCCUCUAGCCAAUGCUGAGUCAGAGAGUUUGUGAUCUGUCAUUAACUCAGGCAGGUGUGGGGAGGUUUGGGAAUCCAGAUGUAAACACCAGCAUUGCUCUGCUUAUUUAAUUUGGAAGUAGACAAGAAAGCACAAAACAAACAUGCUACUUACACUAAGAUAAUUAAACUUCAACC